CAUCACCAUCCCUUGCCCGCCAUGAUCGACCUCAUCAUGCUUCAGCCCGAGAAGGGCGGCGACCCGCAGGUCGUCAAGGACUCGCAGGCCAAGCGCUUUGCGCCGCCCGAGCUCGUCGACGAGGUGCUGGCGCUGUACAAGGACUGGGUCGCGACCGAGUACGAGCUGCAGCAGGUGCAGAAGGACCUCAACGCCAUCAAGCGCGACAUCGGCGCCAAGAUGAAGGCCAAGGCCGACGCGUCCGAGGAGCUCAAGCAGAAGGCGGCGCUCGACGCGCGCGUCGCCGAGCUCAAGCCCGAGGUGGUGAAGAAGGAGCAGACGAUGCGCUUCAAGGCCGGCCGCAUUGGCAACAUCGUCGGCGACAUGGUGCCCAUCAGCGCGACGGAGGACGACAACAAGGUGAUGCGCACGUGGCACCCCGAGGGCCCGAACGGCAAGGUGGAGAAGAAGAACGACAUCCUGUCGCACCACGAGGUCAUGAUGCGCCUCGAGGCCUUCGACAUGGAGCGCGGCGCCAAGAUCUCGGGGCACCGCGGCUUCUUCCUCACCGGCGACGGCGUGGACCUGAACCAGGCGCUGAUCAACUACGGCCUCGACUUCCUCAAGGGCAAGGGCUUCAAGAAGAUGAUGACGCCCUUCAUGAUGCGCAAGGACGUGAUGAGCAAGACGGCGCAGCUCGAGGACUUUGACGAGGAGCUGUACAAGGUCACCGGCGACGAGGUCGACAAGUACCUCAUUGCCACGUCCGAGCAGCCCAUCAGCGCAUUCCACUCCGACGAGUGGUUCGACCAGCCCGAGACGCAGCUGCCGCUCAAGUACGCCGGCUACUCGACGUGCUUCCGCAAGGAGGCCGGCUCGCACGGCAAGGACACGUGGGGCAUCUUCCGCGUGCACCAGUUCGAGAAGGUCGAGCAGUUCUGCAUCACCGACCCGGCGUCUUCGUGGGACAUGCUCGACCAGAUGAUUGCCAACUCCGAGGCCUUCUACCAGUCGCUGCAGCUGCCGUACCAGGUCAUUGCCAUUGCCUCGGGCGCGCUCAACAACGCCGCGGCCGCCAAGUACGACCUCGAGGCCUGGUUCCCGUACCAGGGCGAAUACAAGGAGCUCGUGUCGUGCUCAAAUUGCACCGACUACCAGUCGCGCAGCCUCGAGGUGCGGUGCGGGCACAAGAAGCAGGGCGAGACGAAGAAGCACUACGUGCACAUGCUCAACGGCACGCUCUGCGCCACCGAGCGCGCGCUCUGCUGCCUCGUCGAGAACUGGCAAACACCAGAGGGCCUCACGAUCCCGCCGCCGCUGCGGCCAUACAUGCAGGGCCGCGAGUUCCUGCCCUUCACGCGUGAGCUGCCCAAGGGCACCACGAGCUCGAAGAAGAAGGCCUAGGGACAUAGGGACAUGUAGAGCGUAUGAAUUGGCAUGCGCAUGCAGCUGGGUAUCAAUGUCGGGAGCUGGUGAUCUACUUGUAGGGCGCCUUGCCGGCCUCGCGCAGGCUGUUCUCGCGCU